AUGAGUUUAUCAAAUAAUAGAACAUUCUUCAAGAAUUUCGUUCCUGUUCUCAUAAAGGAUUCACCAAUUGCAGGAGGGUCUGGUUCAGAGAUUAUACUGAUUUCCAUAAAUUUAACAGGUACUAGAUUAGUUAACUCGAGGACAGAUAGAUCGAUAAGGAUAUGGAAAUGCACACCAGAAAGACUUAUUGACCCAAUAAUAAUAGAACACCCUCAUCUUAAAGCAGUUGAGAGGAUAUCGUGGAAUCCAAAGACGGAGUUUUCAUUUGCGACGGUUGGUAGAGAUGACUUGGUAAAAAUUUGGAGAUGCACGGGUGCUUUGGAGAAGGAAUUGAAGAUUGUUAAGAGCGGAAAUACAAAUGAGUCUGGUACUGAUGUGGUGUGUCAGAUUGUGGCAUACUCAAAUGACGGCGAAAUACUUACAGUUGUUGAUAGGGAUUCAACCGUUUACUUGUAUUCUGUGUCUAACAACUACAACAAAUUUCACGAGUUCAAGUUGAAUGACCAUAUUUACGACAUCCUGUGGUUUCACCACGGACACUCCUUCUUCAUGUGUGCAUUACAUGACGGAUCAGUGCCGAUAUAUAAGGUAACGGAUGUCUUACCAGGUGCCAAUGGAUCUGCAAUUACCGAUGCUUCGCCAGACACAGAAGUAGUCAACUCCGUGACAAUUGAUCUCAAGCAUAAACUAACGGGACACAGAUCUUCAGCUACAUGUGUGGCAGUCGAUCCCAGAGGCAAGUAUUGUGCUGUGGGCUCUAACGAGGGGGUUGUAUCUCUCUGGAACACUUCUUCCAUGCUCAUUUCAAAAGUUCUCACUAAUACUGACGAAGCCAUCGCCAAUAUUGAUAUAAGUCGCGAUGGAACAUACGUAGCCGUGGCAUAUGAUAGUGGAGAAAACAUAAAGAUCUUUGACUACGAUACCACAGAACAAGUGUACGAGGUUCCCAAUAGCAACAGUGGAAACUUAGCUUUAUCACAUAUUACCUGGUUUCCCUCCAAAACUGCUUUUGUACAUACCAGUGAUAAUGGCAAGACAAUGACAUUAAUGAAAAAGCCUGGUAAAUAA